GCGGGGGCGGGGCGCCCCGCCGGGACUAGCGCUCGGCUCGACGGCGCGGCCGCUCUGACGGCGCGGGGAGCUCGGGGAGCGCGGCGGGCGAAUUGGAUUCUACCAGAUCAUAGAGAUCGUGGGUGGUGCUGCAUGUAUCUUUGGAGAUGAACUUCUCACAAGUGGCCUAGAUCCAUGCGUUCGUUCGCUGAUGUCCAGCUGGUUACAUCAGGAGCUUACUUGGCGAAGUGCCUGAGACUCGCAGCAGUGACUGAAGUCAGAAGGAGCUGACUUCUGAAUUUACAAGAUUGGGCUUAGGACUGCCUUCCCCAGAGGACUCCAAGGAGUUUAUGGAGCAUUCCAGGGAUAUCACAGGAGAAAACACUGAGGAAAUGAAAAGCAGGAUGAAAGACCGGCUAAACGAGCUGCGUGAAUUUGCCAGGUUACACAACCCCGAGUUUUCUGAUAGUGAGGAGGAUGAAAAUUCACCCCGCGACAUUCUCCUUUAUGAGACUGAUUAUGCCUUGGAAACUCUUCAUAAAGAUAUACAGACCAUCCGGACAGAAAAUGACCUCCUAAAAGAGGAUGUCAAGCGGCUCAAAAAGCAAAACAGCCGCUUCCUUACUUCCAUGCGCCGUCUCAGUAGCAUCAAACGAGAUACUAAUGGUAUUGCCAGAGACAUCAAGGCCCGUGGAGAAAGCAUCCACAGGAAACUCCAAAUAAUGAGAGAUUUCAGCGAAGAUGCAAUAACAAAAUACGGGAUUAUGUCUGUCAUUGCCAGGGUAGCAAAGAACCACUAUGUGGACCUCAUGCACGCCUUUCAGGAAGCUAUGUUUGAAUACAACGCAACGGAGAUGAACCAACGGGAGAACUGCAAGAUUCGAAUUCAGCGGCAGCUAGAGAUCAUGGGCAAAGACGUUUCUGGCAACCAGAUUGAGGAGAUGAUUGAGCAAGGCAAGUGGGAUGUCUUCUCUGAGAACCUCUUGUCUGAUGUUAAGGGGGCUCGCUCAGCCUUGAAUGAGAUAGAGACACGUCAUAAGGAGCUGGUGAAGUUAGAAAGUCGCAUUAAGGAGGUUCACGAGCUCUUUCUGCAGGUGGCCCUGCUGGUAGAAGAACAGGCAGACACCUUUGACGUCAUUGAGAUAAAUAUGCAAAAUGUUGAGGACUACGUAGGAGACGCCAAAGAACAAGUAAAAAAAGCUUUAGAAUACAGAAGAAAACACCCUCUACGAACAAUCCUUUGCUGCUGCAUAUCAUGUUGCCGAAGGUGACUAUCCUACUGAAGCUAUCACGGACCAACUUGAAUGUCUUCAAAAUCAGAUAUUCUUUACAAUGAUUUUUCUUUAAUGACAACCCGUAGAAGCAUGGGGGCUAUUGUGCAGUUGUUUGUUUUGUUUUGUAACUUGUUCCUAAAUGUGCUUAAAGGUAGUUCUAUUUAUGGGCUACUAGAAAUGUCGGUAAAGCUAUUUUUAAUUAUUUUUAAUUGAAAUGCAUUCUCUGGCUGUAACUAGAGGUGCAACUAUUUAGAAGAUCUCAGUGCAAUGAUACUUGUUUCAGGCAAGAAAGAGGAAUGAAGGAUGGGCUAAUAACUUAGCCUGGGGAAGAUGAGAAAUUUGAAGAAGCAACCUUAUUAUUCAAAGUGGUCUGCAGGCAGUGCAUACUUAAUGCCUGUGGUGACAGGAUACACCACAGAAUCAGGAGGUUUGAAUUUUAACUAGUUUGGAGCCUGCUUGUUGCAAAUACUUGAACAGAUUUGUGCUCUGCUCGUGCGACAAAAUACUGAGCGUGUUAGCAGGAGCAGGACACAGAACCCGUUUCUGUCCCUGGAAGUGUUCAAGGCCAGGCUGGAUAGGGCUUUGAGCAACCUGGCCUAGUGGGAGAUGUCCCUGCCCAUGGCAGGGGGUUGGAAUUAGAUGGUCUUUAAGGUCCCUCCCAACCCAAACCAUUCUGUGAUUUCCUUCUGUUACUGGGCUUAACAGAAGAAGGCUGCACCUUAAAACAUAAUAGGUGUAUUUUGCUCAGUUUGUGUGCAAGUGAUUGCUUUUGUCCAUUUUGAGCACCCACACUGCAACAUUGAGGCAUCUCACCGACUCUUAUGAAUUAAGCUACUGAUAAACUAAAUUUCAAACCUGCUGUGCUCUUAGUCUUUAAAUACAUUUUUCUGCCAAUUAACAGGUCAGUCAGUAGAAGAGAUACAUGCAGUGGCCCUCUUUAAAUGCACCCACAAGGAAACAACAGCUGGGGGUUAGAGAAAGCGUCUAAAGAGUCUUCUGUGCUUGUACGUACACACAAGCAGUUUUAGUGGAAGGAUUAUCCUGUCAAUGGACUUCUAAUAAGCAUUGAUUUUAAUAUGGACAUUUUGUAUAUAUUUUAUAUAACAUGAAGUAUUAAAUUUAUUAACAUCCACUUUGACUGUUAUACAAAAACUAAGGCUCUUCUCCCGUUAUUAGAAAUCUCCACCUGGGAAAGAAAAUAGAAUUUGGGUGUAUUCUUCAGUAUACCCAAAGAAUAAAGGAAACAACAUUUUAAUGUCAUUUCAGUACUCUUUUGAAGCUUAAAAAUAAUCUCUCCUUUUGUGUAAGGAGAGUCUGCCUGCAGUUGGUUUGGCAUACGAGGAGGGAAAAGAAAAUUUGCCGCCCUGGAAACCACUGAGCAUUGUCAGUGAAGUAUGUAUUCAUAAGGUCUGGGGAGCGAUUAUAGCUCCUACUUCUGGAAGUUUUCCAACUAUGAUAUUUCUAAGUGGCUUCCUGAUACACUGUGAUUUAUUGCUAUCCUUUGAAUUAAUGCAGGACAUUUUUUCAGAAGUUAGUGACUUUUUUUUUUACUCUGAUUGUAUUUAUACCUAUUUUAACAAACAUAUUUAAACAUUUCAAGUAUUUUGUAUUUGGGAUUUUUACUUGGAAGAUGUGCAUAGCCACCUUCCCGCACCAAUCACAACAAAACUUUUUCCUUCUGAUCUUUUGCACACUAAUUUUAUAUGUGAAAAAAAAAACAACACCCAAACAUUUCGUACUAUUUAUAUUGAUAUU